AUGUCUGCAAUCUGCCUCAUUCAGUACCCAUACUACCAUCGAAUACAGGACGCCUUGGAUGAAGCAGGCACUGCCGUACACCUGUUCGAAGACCUCAACAUCACCUGGUUAAUGCUGCAGGCAUUGCCGUCAGUUGAUGAAGUGUUCGAGAAAUGCUACUGGCAGGGCCACCGUUUCAACUGCUCGAGUCUGUUCUUCCUGCAGCGGACAGAGAUCGGCUUUUGCUACGCAUUUAACUCACUCACAUCGGAAAACAGGAGGCACUGCGUCGGUGAACCUCGCUUGACGUCAGGCAAUAGCGAUUCAUGCCAAGUGUGGCGCAAUGUGGCGGGGGGUGCCCUCUCCGGCUUGGAAAUCUUCUUGAGGACACCGCCUGCCGCUCUAGGACAUCGAUGGGACAAUCGCUAUAGGCUAAUGAUCAAUGAAGUAUCAUCUGUGCCAAACUCACUGAGGAACCACUUGAUACCUUCGAGCACCCAUCACGUCACCGUGGUCGAGCUGGAAGUCUCUGUAACUGAGAGCAGUCCACAAAUAGAACAGCUGCCAACAGAAAAGCGGCGCUGCUUGUUUGCCAAUGAGAGACACCUAAUUCUUAGUCGCUACUCUCAAGUAGCAUGCACAGUGGAAUGUAGACUUGAGUACAUGCUGCGAGUCUGUAAUUGUACUACAUAUGUCUUCAACCAGAUAUCAGGGGAUCUGAGAUUUCAUCGACCAAGAGACAGCAUUAACAGUGGCUCCAAAUUUAUGGAUGGCUCAAUUAACUGUUCCACAUGUUUACCAACAUGCUUUCAACAUGCAUACACACUGGAUAUUUAUACUGAAGAAGAAAACUAUAUUAAUCUUAAUGGUCCUUACAUUGAUGUCCACUACACAAAAAACAGUGCAAUAAAGUAUGAAAGAAUUCUUGCCUUCACACCAAUGGAACUCGUAGGAAUUUUUGUGAACCAGCUGGACAAUGAAGAACUUACCCUCAGCUGGUAUGAACAGGAUGGCACCACAUGCCACACAUCUCGAGUGACCAUGGCUGAGGUAAAAUCACUUUUCCCUGGCAGAGUGAUUUUGAAAGGACUGUGGCACCUGUGGCCAUGUGAUUUAAGAUCUGACUUUUCUCUGGGGUGGCCUAAAAGGUUACGUCUACAUGAAUAA